AUGUUCCGCUAUACCGGUACUACCCGAUCCGUCGUCAAGAGAGCCGUGCGUAAAUUCAGUGGGUCUCCCCUCGAAGCCGAUUCCGGAGGCUUGGCCACGCGAGGUCACCAUGCCAUGAUUCUCGCAUUGACCGUAGCCACACCCGUCUACCUUGUCUUGCCCGAAGAAUCAUCCGUCAGCCGUGGUCUGGGCGUCCUUUUGACGGGAAACAUUGCCGCGCACAGUUGGAUUGGAAUGAAUUAUGUGUGCACCGAUUAUGUUCCAAAGGUUUCCAAGGCAUUGUUGGGACCUUCUCGGUAUUUCAACGCUGGAUUGGCCAUUAUCACCUUUGUGGGAUUGACCAAAAUGUCACUCUCUUCGCCAGGAGGAAUCAAGGGUGCCGUUCGAGGGCUCUGGAAUCCACCUGCAGCAGCACCUGCAGAAAAGAAAUAG